AUGGCUGCCCUCAAUAAAAAAUAUGCGGAGUUGCCAGAUUUGGAUUCAGCACCAGAUAUUUACGAAACCCCUGAGUUAACAGAGGACAAUUCAACAGCUCCUACUGGCAGAGCUCGUUCCCAAUCAACGUCUUCUUCGUAUGACGACUUCGAUGAGGAUGACGAGGAGUUGGGAGGGAUUUCCCGUUCGCGAUUACACCCCGACGAAGCCCGUUCGCAUUUCUCCCCUGCACAGAUAGAUGCACGCGAUGUAGACUUUUCAGACAGAGUCGCAGCAAAAAGGAAAUCAUAUAAAGCUUCUUCGAGAAGACAGAGGAAAAGACAAGACGGAACCGAAGAAUUUGGCGACUUUAGUGAUGAUGAGGAUGGGGAAAGCUUGGAAAGAAAGCUUGCAAGGUUAAGACGUGAAAUUGAGGAAGUCAAAGAAGAAUAUGAAAAGAGAAAUCUAGAGAAGAAGGACACGGAAGAAUACGGAGAGUCAAUUGAUGGAGAUGAUAUUGCUUCGUUAAGUAAAUUAUUGGAUGGAAUAUCCGCAAAUCAAGGGGACCAAUUUACAAGUGCUGGAGCAAGAUUGGCGAAAGAUUUAGGAACGGGUAUCAAGGCAAAUGGGCCACCACAAACUUCACAGGGGACGGGAGAACCCUCUACAUAUACUGUUACGUAUGCACCUACAUACCAACAGAGUCAUGCUUUGGCUAAAGCGGCAGAUUUCGAUGCACGAUUGGCACUUCUAGAGAAGGUUCUUGGACUCAACUCGACUAUGGACUCUACUAGUAACUCAAUAGCCGUUCUACCAACUCUCGAUAUUCUCGAAAGACAGGUCUCAAUCCUUACCGAGUCUACGCCAUCAUCUCUUGACAGCAUAAGCCGAAGAGUACGAACAUUGACACAAGAAGCAGAAAAGCUCGAGGAAUCUCGAAAGUCGGCCAAAGCUGCACAAGAAUCGUUAAGAUCAGCUGGAGGGGAAGUUGCACCUGAGGACGGAGAAGACGCGGAACAAAUUUCGAAGAUAAAUGCGCUUUAUGGGACUUUGCCUACCAUCGAAAACAUCGCGCCUCUUCUACCAUCCUUACUGGACAGACUGCGAUCAUUACGAGUUAUCCAUGCAGAUGCGGCUACAGCCAGUGAGAACUUGGACAGAGUGGAGCAAAAACAAGCCGAAAUGACAAACGAUAUCAAGAAAUGGCAAGAGGGCUUAGAGAAAGUUGAGGAAGCAAUCAAACGAGGAGAGACAGCCAUUGGAGGAAAUAUGAAAGUUGUAGAAGGCUGGGUGAAAGAUCUUGAAGAUAAGAUGUCUAAGUUAUAA